UGCUAAAACUACUUUCAAGCCUGACAAACAUGCUGAUGAACUCGUGAAAGUGGAUGAUGAAUCUGUAUCAAAAGUUUUAGAUUGGUUUAAAAGAAGUUCUGACACUGAAGAUGGGGAACAUGCAUCAAUUAGAUCCCAAGGCAGGGAGCCCAAAGAGGAAAUGGACUUUUCAACCAGAGCAGCAGUUCUUCCUACAGAGCACAGUGGGCCUAGAAUGCAUGGAAGGACAGGAGUUACAGAAGAGUUCCCACUCGGAAAGAUUAAACAACACAGCAGUGUUUCAUCUAGAUCAUUUGCUUCAGAAGAUGAGAGGGUGAAGCCUAAGAAAGGGAAAAUGAAUGAAGAGCAAAAUGACAAACUGCUAACUGAAUUUGAUUGUACAGGAGUCGAAGAAAAAGAACGUGGUCAAGAAUUCAAACAACAAAAUCAAAAGUCAAAUCUCUUGGGACAUCAAGAACACAGGCUACAACCUCAGAAGUAUGAAUCAGAGAAGGCAAUACAAGAAAAAAGAAGAAUAAGGGAGAUCAGAGCAUUCUGGGAAAGGGACAAAAUUAUACCCAGUCAUGGAGAGAAAGAAGUUAAUACCAAUACUACUGCAUCACGUGGCCGUGCAUUGAAAGGUCUUGGAGAAAGUGACAAAACAGAACCGACUGCAGUAUACCCACCUAAUGGGUUGCACAGUCAGAGCAAGAAUACUUUAAGUCCUCAAUUUAGUUCUGUGAGACAGGAUUCCAGAAAUGAACAUCAACACUCUUUCAAGUUUGGACCAGGCCAUGCAGUUAAAAAGCCAGAAGGAACACUUACGUCUGAUGAAGUUCACGAAUGUGCAGAACUGCCAAAAGCCAGAAAUUUGCAGUCCAGAGUUGGUGUCACUUCAGCCUCCACAAAAAGCAAAGACAAAGAUGAGAAAGAAACACUUAAAGGAAAAGUUGCUGCUUGUUCACAACAGAAGCCCAGCUUUCAAGUUUCUUCUUUAAAAGGAAAAAUGGAUGAAAAGUCCAAGAAUCAAAUUUCAGAUCCUUCACGGUUUCAGAGUUUGAGAAACUUCUGGGAUACUGGAGUUAAAUUCCAGAGUAGAAUUGACAGGGAAGAUGUUUCUUUGCCAAAUAAUAAUAGUUCAAUAAUCUAUGAAAGCAAAUCAAAGGAAGAUAAAAAAGGUAGAGAUAAUGUGAGCAGGCAAGAGUUAAUUCAACAACAAACCCAAACACUUGAGAGAGAAAAAACACAGAAACAAGAUUCUCCGGUAUGCAAAAGGUCUCUAGAAUCUCCUACCAUGGAACAUCUGAAUGUGACCCACACACAAAAUACAGACUCUGUCCAGCUGAACAGAAAACCAGUUAUCUCAAAAUCCCAGGAAAAGACGACUCUUCCGGAGCAAGAAGUUAAAGAAUGUAUGGGGGAAAGUAGUGUUUCAUCAAAAUAUCAUCAUGUUUCCUUGCAGUUGCUCCAAUCACCCAGUGAUAAAAAUGCUUUGAAGGAGACAACAGUAGGUGAUAGGCAACGUUUACCUACAGAAAAAGUGGAGAACAAGGCUAGUCCAUUGGAUAUCAGUCUCCCUAAGGAGGAAGUUGCAGAGACUGUGGAGAAAGUUGUUCUACCUAAAGGUGAGCUUGACGUAUUUAAAUCAGUUUUAAAGAAGUUAGAAAAGGAAGCCUCUGAGAUGUCAUAUAGCUUAAACAUAAAGGAAAAUGUUUUGAAAGGGACAACUUUUCACUCAAAUCAGUGCAAGGUCAUUGAGAGAACAGUAGAAGAGAGCCAUGAUAUUUCUCCUGCUGAUCAAAAAGAAGAAAUGGGUAAAAAUACAGGAAAAGUGAAUAUGCCAUCAAUAGAUGAGCGUGAGAACAAAAAAAGCCUCAGAAAACUGUUUAGGGAAUUUGAACCUUUGCAUCUACAGCAUCAGGCAGCAGACAAGGAUGAUACUCUUGAGGCUUCUGGUUUGCGGAACCUGCUCAGAGAAACCUUUGUAUCUCAACCUUCUGAAUAUAGAAGGGUGGGAGUGAAAGCAUACAAUGACAUGAAUAGCAUAUCAGAAACUAAUAGCAGCAUAGAAUCAACAUACCAAGGAGCUGCUGGUCAGCCUGAAGAGGUCCAUGAGACAAUAGAGAAGUCUAUUGCCCCAUCCAAGGUCAGUGGCUUGAGUUCUGUCUUACAGAAGCUGCUGAAGGAAGCUGCUGAAACAUCACUUCCUAAACCAAAAUACCCUGACAGCACAGUGUGGAGGACAGCUGAGGUGGAAGUGAAAAGCACAAUAUAUGAACAUGAUAGAGAGAUGCCGCAGGAAAUCAGUGAGACCAUAGAAAAGUCUGUUGCCCCAUCUAAGGACAGUGGCUUGAAUCUUGCUUUAGAGAAGCUGCUGAAGGAGGCCUCUGAAACACCACCACCUAAACCAAAACGUGCUGACAGCACUGUAAAGAGAGCUGCUGAGGUGGAAGUUAAAGGUAGGACUUAUGAGAAUGAUGGAGAGAUGCUGCAGGAAAUCAGUGAGAGGGUAGAAAAGUCUGUUGCCCCAUCCAAGGACAGUGGCUUGAAUCUUGCUUUAGAGAAGCUGCUGAAGGAGGCCUCUGAAACACCACCUCCUAAACCAAAACAUUCUGACAGCCUAGUAUGGAGAACUGCUGAGGUGGGAGCUAAGAGCACAACCUAUGAUCAUGAUGGAGAGGUGCUGCAGGAAAUCAGUGAGAGGGUAGAAAAGUCUGUUGCUCCAUCUAAGGACAGUGGCUUGAAUCCUGCUUUAGAGAAGCUGCUGAAGGAGGCCUCUGAAACACCACCUCCUAAACCAAAACGUGCUGACAGCCUAGUAUGGAGAACUGCUGAUAUGGGAGCUAAAGGCACAAUGUAUAAAUGUGAUGGAGAGGUGCUGCAGGAAAGGGGUGAGACCACAGAAGGAUCUGCACUGUCCAAGGUUGAAUAUAGAGUGUCUGAUGUAAAUUUUCAGAAGCUACCAAAAGAGGUCUCUGAAACACCAGCUUCUGUGCUAGAAAACACGGAUAAGAAAAUGCAAGGUAAAAUACGGACUAGUCGAAGUAUGCAUGGUUCACAUCAACAAGAGAGAGAUUGUCCUCAAGAAAUAGAAGAAACAGUAGAAAAAAGUUCUGUUUCACAUAUUGAAAAAUUUAGUGAAUUCAGUUAUUCUUUAGCAAAACCUGUUCAAAAACCAUCUACAGUUUCAUAUCCAAUAUCCAAGGAGUUACAUAGGCAAGAAAAGUUUGGGGAUCCUGCAUUUCCCUCAGAAAAAGAGACUCUAUUCACAACUGUAUCACAGCCAUACAAUGUUUUAAGUAGCUAUCAUACACAAAUAAAUUUAGCUAUCAAAGGAGAACCUCUAGAACAAAAUGUCAAAGCUUCAGUAAAUGAUCUUGCAAUAAGUGAAAUUGAACCUUCUGAUCUUAAAAUAAAUGAAGUUAUUAAUAAAAUAGAAGAGAGAAACAUGGUUCCAGUUGAUCUUACUCCCUUGGAAGACAAAACAAAUACGACUGCAAUCAAGCCAUUUCAGAUAAACAAAAAAGGGAGGAGAGAUGAAAGCACAUCCUUGGAGGCCUCUGAAUGGAAUUCAGAAUUUCAGGCACUGUUGAAUUUCAGAAGAGCAAGCACACCUCUUAAAGAUGACGGCAGCUCACCCCAGCCAAAAGAAGCUCUGCUCUGCCUAACGUCUCAGCAUGAGGAUGAUGAUGAAGAGGAAGAGGACAUUUUAAAUUUGAGAACCAAAUUUUCGGAUGAAAACUGUGAUUCCCACUCUGGAACCGGAAGUUCAACUCGUUCUGAAGAAGAAUUAAACCCUGUUUUGAUGGCUUUGAAAAGGAGUGCAGAUAGGAAAAAGCCUUCCAAAAGUCUAGAGGACAUUCCAUCAGCCACCUCAAAUAAAGGAAAAAUAAAUAAUCCAAAGGAAGAAUUAGCUCUUAGUGCUGAAGAUGGUCCGAAACCUGAUCAGCAUCCAGAGAGGACUGAAAAUGCAACAGGAAUUUCCACAGUGCCUUCACAGCCUGAUAAGCUAUUUUCCAACCCUGAAAAGCUUAAAGGACUUAGCAAGUCGGUACCAUCAUUCCUACAGGAAGAGAGUGAUGACAGAGAGACAGAUACAGCAUCAGAAAGCAGUUAUUCCUUUGGCAGAAUCAAGAAGAGUCCCAGCUCUCUAACCAAUCUUAGCGGCUCUUCUGGCAUGGCCUCCUUAUCCUCUGUGAGCGGAAGUCUAAUGAGCAUCUACAGUGCAGACUUUGGCAAUGUUGAUGUGAAGGGGAACAUUCAGUUUGCUAUUGAUUAUGUGGAACAGCUGAACGAGCUCCAUGUUUUUAUUUGCCAGUGUAAAGACUUGGCAGUAGCAGACGUUAAACGACAGCGCUCAGACCCGUAUGUAAAGACCUACCUGCUUCCAGAGAAAUACAAGCUGGGCAAACGGAAGACUUCUGUCAAAAAGAAAACUUUUAAUCCAGUCUAUAAUGAAAUACUGCGGUAUAAAAUUGAGAAGGAUCUCCUAAGGGACCAAAGCCUUAAUAUCUCUGUCUGGCACAAUGAUACCUUUGGGAGGAAUAGCUUCCUUGGUGAAGUGGAGUUGGAUUUAGGAACUUGGGACUGGAAUGAUCCAUCCAACAAGCAGAUCAACUGGUUUCCCCUCAAGCCAAGGACUUCAACAAUGGCUCCUAAUCUAGAAAACAGAGGGGAGAUGAAACUAGCCCUCCAGUAUGUCCCACAUCCCUUUGGAGGAAAGAAGACUCUAUCUACUGGCGAGGUCCACAUCUGGGUGAAGGAAUGCCAUAACCUUCCUCUUCUGAGAGGCAACAGGCUCAAUUCUUUUAUCAAGUGUACCAUUCUUCCAGACACUAGCAGAAAAAGUCGCCAGAAAACACGGACAGUUGCAAAAACUGCAAACCCAGUAUUCAACCACACCAUGGUGUAUGAUGGCUUUAGACCAGAAGAUUUGAAAGAAGCCUGCGUAGAACUCACAGUCUGGGACCACAACAAACUAGCAAACCACUUUCUGGGAGGCCUCCGGAUAGGCCUUGGAACAGGCAAAAGCUAUGGAACUACAGUAGAUUGGAUGGAUUCUACUUCAGAUGAAACUGCCCUUUGGGAGAAGAUGAUGAACUCUCCAAACACCUGGAUAGAAGAUACACUACCUCUCAGGAUGCUUAUAGUUGCAAAAUUGACAAAAUAAGGUGGUUUUUUAAUUACUAGUGUCAAAAGAAACCUUGGGAAUGAAAUUGAAGGUGUGGGGGGAUGAAACUUGGAAGAGGAACACAGUAGCAGUUUUGACAGUUUUUGCUUUGUUGCCGUUCUGGUUUUGUGCUGUCAUGUCACUUCAUAUUUCAAAUUAAACAUUUGCCUACAGAACAUUAUGUAAAUUUGUAGUUGUACAUUUCAAGGAUAUCUGAGUUGCUUCUCCGGUGAAAGAAGCAUGACAUGAAGUGGUACUGUUGAUGUCCUAUUCUACAAUGUGCAGAGGACUAAGUUCCAAUGUACUGUAAAAAAUCAGGGUUAUAAAAAGUUUGCUUUAUAUAUAUGUGUUAAUCAUCUUGCUAGUCUGCAAUAGUUACUCCGAAAUACUGAAGACAUAAAGGUGAUUUUUUUUUUUAUUCCAGUGCUACUCAUAAGGAUCUAAAUGUUCCAAUUUUAGUGAUGACAAGUAUGUUGGGUAUUUAUUCUUUAAAGUUUGUACCUGUAUCUAUCUGCUUGGUUUUCAGCAAGAAGUAAUUUACCUGUGCUUCAGCGCCACCAUUAGGGGACUGGUGGGUCUGUGGUGGUCUUGGCUCGAAAUAGUUUUGCAGCAUAGGAAAUAAGACUGGAAUUUGUAACUUGUAGAAAUACAUGCUACUAAUAAAUAAUGAAUGCAUAAAGCACUAUAUGUAUUACUUUUUAAAAUAAAAAGCAGCCUAUUAAGACUAAAUAGGAAUCCAAUGUUUAUUAAACCCCCGUGGUUUAU